ACAAGCGGCGGGGGGGGGAAAGAAAAACGACCCCGCCUUCCUGCCCCCCCGGUGCGAGUCCGCCUCAGGCAGCGGGAUGGGCCGGCCGUGGAUGCUCGGCCUCUCCUCCCCCCCCUCCCUCCCCGCCCCCAUUCCGGGAGCCUCGCUCCUCCUCGGGCGUCAAGCGCGCGCCCGGGCAGGAUCGCCUCCCUCCCUCCUUCCCUCGCGCGGCGCACGCUUUGCAGCCCCUUCGCCGCCACUGCGGGGUUGCUGCGACAGCCUCCCCGGGCUGAGGCGGGGAUUUCUGCGGGGGAAGCAACAGCGGGAACGGCAGCAGCAGCAGCAGCAUCUCGGCCGGCCGCUCGAGGGGCUCCGCUUCCCUCCCGAGGCAGGCGAAAAGCAGCAGCAGCAGCAGCAAUUUUGGGCUUCCUUGGAGCUGGUCUGCCAAGUCUCACUUCUCCCCCCACUCCCCCGGGAGUCCCAGCCCGAGUUUCCCUUCAUAAAGCGAGGGGCGUCGUCGGGGCGGCCAUCGGGAUCCCCUGGAAGGAGGCCGGGUUUGUAUCCGGGCGCAGGCAUGGCUUUGCAAGAGAGAGGGAGGGAGAGGAUAAAAUAAAAGGAUGGAAACCUUGCCUCCAUCCUCUCCUUUGCUCUCUCGCAAGCUUCGCGAAAUGCUUUCUUCCUUUUGCAAAGGCGGCUGGGUUUAAAGCAGGCGAAGUAGGCGGAGAGCGAAGGGGAGGGUGGUGGGGGGAGGACUGAAGUUGGUAAAUUGGUUCGGUAUUGUGGUUUUUGACUUUGUGCCGUACUCCGGGAUUGUUUUUUCUCCAUAGAAAAAGGAGGUUCAAAAAAAAAAAAAGCACAGGAAUCACGGUUAGAUGGGAAAGUUUCCCCUUUUAGGUCUUUAAAUAGGGGCAUGGUUAGAAGGAUUGAAUCCUACCUAGAAGAAGAAAAAGAAGAAAGGAAAUUGCCCAAACUAUAUAUUUUAGAAUAGAAUACAGCUUUUGUUUUGUUUUUAAAUGCUAUUUACCCCUUUUCCUGCCCCUAUGACUGGUUCCCAACCUUUUUUUGGCCAUGCCCCACCUAAGCAUCUUUAAAAUCCUGAUCCCCCUGUGACGUAUAAUUGUUACUUUACUCAAAAAGUGAACUCUACUCAUGCAGAGGAAGCCCCAAAGGCGAUUUACUUGGUUUAAACAAGGUUCAAAUUGCCCCCAUUAAAAAUCAAAUUGCCCCCCUGUGGGGCCUGGGCACCCCAUUGGGAAGCACUGCUCUAUGAUAAACCAGCAGUAAGAUUAAAUGACUUGAACUUCUGUCUCCUCUUUCUCAAAUAGUGCUACAAAAUAUUCUCUGCACAAAAUUACUUAUGGAUGAGAUAUUUGAAGAUUGUUUUUUUGGGCAGUUAUGGCAUGCCAAGAAAGGAAUCUGUCCAUUCUUCUUUUUUUUGGCACCUUUUCCCUUGAUGUUGGCCACUCACAGUAUUUUUUUAAAAAAAACCAUUAAUGGAGAAAGUAUAUUGUCUUUCAGAAAAGCCAGGGUUGUGACAAAAAGAGUACACAAUUGCCUGUAUUUAGAUGAGUGUUAAUCAACAGCUGAAAUGGGAUGCUUGUUUCAGAAAUAAGGUGUCACCUCAGUGAGCCCAGUUUCCUUAUGAAGAAAAUGCAUUUUGAAAACAUGCCUAUAAGCACCUGCUGUUAUCAAGACUGAACAGUUCUAUGUUCACAGGGUCGUGAAAGGCAGCUGAAUUGUGUUAGGUGUACUCUACCUGGGCCAUGUCAUCUAUAUUGCCCUUCACCCCGCCGGUUGUGAAGAGACUGUUAGGGUGGAAGAAAUCUGCUGGUGGCUCAGGAGGUGCUGGUGGAGGUGAGCAGAAUGGACAGGAAGAAAAGUGGUGCGAAAAAGCAGUGAAAAGUUUGGUCAAGAAGCUGAAGAAGACGGGACAACUGGAUGAGCUUGAAAAAGCAAUCACUACCCAGAACUGCAAUACAAAAUGUGUUACAAUACCAAGCACUUGCUCUGAAAUUUGGGGACUGAGUACACCAAAUACGAUAGAUCAGUGGGAUACCACAGGCCUAUACAGCUUCUCUGAACAAACCAGGUCUCUCGAUGGCCGCCUCCAAGUGUCCCACCGUAAAGGAUUGCCGCAUGUCAUUUACUGCCGCUUGUGGCGCUGGCCUGACCUUCACAGCCACCAUGAACUUAAGGCCAUUGAAAACUGUGAAUAUGCUUUUAAUCUUAAAAAGGAUGAAGUGUGUGUAAAUCCUUACCAUUACCAGAGAGUGGAGACUCCAGUUCUGCCUCCUGUUUUGGUACCACGACACACUGAGAUUCUGACUGAACUUCCUCCUCUCGAUGACUACACUCAUUCCAUUCCCGAAAACACUAAUUUUCCAGCAGGAAUAGAACCACAAAGCAAUUACAUACCAGAAACACCACCCCCUGGCUAUAUCAGUGAAGAUGGGGAAACCAGUGACCAGCAGUUGAACCAAAGCAUGGAUACGGGAUCACCGGCAGAGUUGUCUCCUAGUACACUCUCUCCUGUCAAUCACAGCCUAGAUUUGCAGCCAGUUACCUACUCGGAGCCUGCCUUUUGGUGUUCGAUAGCGUAUUAUGAACUAAAUCAGAGAGUGGGUGAAACUUUCCACGCGUCGCAACCUUCCCUUACGGUAGAUGGCUUCACGGACCCAUCCAACUCCGAACGAUUCUGCCUAGGUUUGCUCUCCAACGUUAACCGAAACGCCACAGUGGAAAUGACAAGACGCCACAUAGGAAGGGGAGUGCGUCUGUAUUAUAUCGGUGGGGAAGUUUUUGCCGAGUGCUUAAGUGAUAGCGCAAUCUUCGUGCAGAGUCCCAACUGUAACCAGAGAUACGGCUGGCAUCCGGCCACUGUGUGCAAAAUUCCACCAGGUUGCAACCUGAAGAUCUUCAACAACCAGGAAUUUGCUGCUCUUCUGGCUCAGUCUGUGAAUCAGGGCUUCGAGGCCGUGUACCAGCUUACCCGCAUGUGCACCAUCAGGAUGAGUUUCGUCAAAGGGUGGGGAGCUGAAUACAGGCGUCAAACGGUAACAAGCACUCCUUGUUGGAUCGAGCUGCACCUGAACGGGCCCCUACAGUGGCUGGAUAAAGUAUUGACUCAGAUGGGGUCUCCCUCAGUGCGUUGUUCUAGCAUGUCGUAAUCUCGGAGGGCUCCGAAGAUGGGAAGUCCCGACAACGGCUCGUUCUGUCACAGUCAACGCGUGCGUGGUCUCCAUGAACUGUUUUCCUAAUCCCCAAAAAAGUUCUGAGAGAGAGAGAGAGAGAUAGAGAGAAAGCACUUGAGAAUCUCAUCAGUUUUCAAGCACCUUGUGGAUUUUGUUUCUUAUACUCUGAUACUAGGUGAAACGUUAGUGUAUAGAAACACCUUCUCCUGAAGGAGGGAGGGACAUUUAAAGACUUUUAAUGGUGGUUUUUUUUUAUUGGGUAUAUAUAAAUCGAGUGUCCUACAGGUUGACCAAUAACAUGGACAAGUACAAUUAGCAAUAGGCCAGGAAGCCUCUCCAAAGCGUGGCGCCGUUUUUGCAAUCCUAGUUAACCGCGUCCACUGGUAGAUGUACGGAGCUCCGGCUUAAGAAGACAUCUCAUAAAAGGCCUAAAUACUUGGGUUCUCCAUAUUUUUUAUAUUUUUGUAUACAUAUUGGUUAUGCGUGCAGGCUUUUACACUGCCCUCGAAGAUGUGCUUGUUACAGAAAGCUUCCAGUUCCAUUAUCUUCAACUGCUGACCGUAGACACACACAGAGAGAGAGAGAGAUUAAAAUUUCGGGUUUUAAUCACCUGAAAGCGUGGUGGAACCGAACGUGUUCCAAAUAAAUGGAAUUCCUUCACCUUCCUCACUCCCUCAAACGAUGAAAUCCUGUUUGAAUUGGGACAUGCCCUGUCCAUUCAGCAAAUGCAUCCGUUGCUGGCAGUCCCUGCUGCGGUCCUUCAGAUUCGCUUUGUAUCAUUUACGCACUAAUGGAGUAGUGUCAUUGUAGGUCAGUUUGGUUUUUAUAACCAAUGAAACAAAUCCAAAUCACUUCCUAACCGGUGAGUCAGUCAACUUUCUUCCUCGGCCCCCUUGCUGCCUCCCGGACAUGAAAGUCUCCCUUAUCCGUGAUUAGUAGAUUUUGCUCCCGGUUUCAAAUCCUACCUAAGAAAGACGGCAGGAUAUUAUUUGUCUCUGAGAACGAGAUUGUCAGGUGCGGCUCGACUGAUCGUUCUUUCCCGAUCAGGAAGAGGGCUUGCAUCCUCUUCCUUAAAUGCAUCCAUCAGCCCUCUGUCUAAUACACCAUCGGAUGUUCACAGUGGACCUGCAACGCCUGCCUUACUUCCCUGAAAAUAGUAUUUUUUAUGACGUGUUUGCUUGCUGGGCUUCUAAAUCAAAUCGACGAAGGGGAAGGCCGAGCAGGUGACUGCUUUCUUCUGUUAUUUCCCCCAAGUCUUCCUGGAGUCCGAGGAGAAGGAAGGGCAUGAGGAGGAGGAGGAGGAGAAACGAGGUCACCAAGCUUCCUGUUUCAUUGGAGAGGAGAUCCCUGCUCCACAAUUUCCUUUUUGCAGGUGGCAAACAGGCUUUCUGGAUGGGUUGUACGGAAGGGACGUUUCACCAAAGGGUUUUUUUUUUUUUUGAAUGAUAGAAUUGAGCCACGAGCACCCAUGAUGGGAUCUUGCAGAAGCAGCGACGGCUGCAGCUUCUGUGGGUGGCUUAUUGCUUGACCAAAGGAACAACCUCCACAGUACAUGUUAGGGUGAAUCUUAGGACACUCCUACACCUGGACCUUGCUUUAAAAAAAAAAUAUUUUGAAUUAUAUUCUACAGAUAGGUCUUUGUUGGGUAAGGGUUGGGAAAACUGUACAGAAGCGUUCUUCUGACUUGAAAAAGUAUACAUCUUACUAACCAUCUUGUGAUCUAGCCGUCUGUCCUCUUCGUCGUGGCAGUAGCCGGAUUGCCUUUUGUCUUGUUUCUUUUUUUUCUCUUCCCCUCCCCUCGCAACCAAUGUCUCCCCCCCCCCCUUCUCCAAAGGUUACUUUUCACUAGUCUUGUACUUCGUAAGUACACCUAGUGGCAAUUCUAGCUUUGACAACUAAUGUUUGGCCAGUGUUAAGCUUUCUAAUCGGCUGCCUCAACCUGAAAGGCAACGAGGGAUAUUUUUUUUAUGCCAUAACAAAAUAGGGCAUAAGAAGCAAUACCAAAAAAAUUUGAA